AACACUCGAAACAUACACAUUGUUUUUGCCAAUCACAAACAAUGGCUUCUUCUUCUUCAAUCUUACUCUCUCUCAUCACCAUCCUUACAUUCUCACUCAUCACCACUGCCACGUCAUCAUCUUUCAGGCCACAUCAUCUCACCACCAAUGACCACCCACCAACCACCACCAAUGACAUCACCACCUCCACCAUCAACAACCAACCAACAACUUUCUUUGAAGUUACAAAACCAAUCUCACUCCCAAAAACAAAACCUUGUACAACACUUGUCUUACAACAUGAUUUUGGAUAUACUUAUGGCAGCCCCCCUGUUUCUGCACCUUAUUACCCACCAACAAAAAACAACAAUUGCCCAUCAAAUAAUUUUGACAAGAUUGUUCUUGAAUGGUCUGCAACUUGUAAAGGCAGACAAUUUGACCGAAUUUUCGGUGUUUGGCUAAGUGGAGUUGAGCUGCUCAGAAGCUGCACUGCAGAGCCUAGAGCUACUGGAAUUGUUUGGAAUGUUCAAAAAGAUAUUAGUAAGUAUUAUUCUUUACUUAUGAUGGCUAAUCAAACACUUGAUGUUUAUUUAGGGAAUGUUGUUGAUAGUACUUAUACUGGUGUGUAUCAUGUUAAUGUUAGUAUACAUUUUUACCCUAGUGAGGAUAAUAAAGUUAGAAGCUUUUUGCCCGAUUCGGGUCAAAAAUGGGCUGAUUUGAUCAUACCCAUAUCAAGAAAGUUCCCAGGGAAUGAUGGGUUAUGGUUUGAAGUCAAGAAUUCGACUAACGUACAGUCGGAACAGUUUGUAAUUCCACAAAAUGCAUAUAAGGCUGUUCUUGAAGUGUAUGUUUCGUUUCAUGAAAACGAUGAGUUUUGGCCUACUAAUGUACCUAAUGAGUAUAUUUCGGAUAACAACUUGACUGGUUUACCAGGUAAUGGACCGUUUAGGGAAGUUGUGGUAAGUUUGGAUGGCGGAGUGAUUGGUGCAGUUUGGCCUUUUACGGUAGUUUACACAGGUGGUGUUAAUCCGUUGUUGUGGAGACCGAUUUCUGGCAUUGGGUCGUUUGAUCUUCCUACGUAUGAUAUUGAGUUGACCCCCUUUUUAGGAACACUUUUAGACGGUAAAAACCAUGAUAUUUCUUUUGGUGUCACGAAUGCUUUGAAUGUUUGGUAUAUAGAUGCAAAUUUACAUGUUUGGAUAGAUAAAAAGAGUGAGAAAACAAAUGGGAAGCUUUUGACACAAAAUAUUUCACCUCUUCAUGUUUCUUUGGUCUCUAACUACACGGGUUUGAAUGGUACAUUUGUCACUAAAGUCAAGAGAUCAAUAAAGUCAAGCGGGUGGGUACAAUCUUCCUUUGGGAAAAUUGUAACCAAAUCAACUCAGGAAUUUCAUUAUAGUAAUAUUAUGGUAAUGGCGAAAAAUGGGGACUCACAAGUUGUUGAUCAGAUAAUUGGAUUCAAUGACAGUGUGAAUGCCAAAGAGUCAUCUUCUUCUGUUCAUUUAACAGAAUCUUUAAAAUCGUUUUCCUUUUACAUAGACUCGGAUACGGUUGACAAAGGGAAUGGAACUUAUGCCGCGUUAGCAAAUAUUACUUUGGGUUUCAACGAGAUUAAGGUUGAUAAUUUGGGGUCUAAAUCUUCAUUAAGCGUUCUUGAAAACGUACAAAAUGGACAGGGCUCGAUGCUUGUAAAGGGAAACUUAGUGGUUAGUGGAUUGGGGAGUACACAGCAGAUGUAUAAAUAUGUUGAUGAUAAAUCUUGCUACUUUAGGGAUGUAAGUGCCUCAAAUUACACGAUUAUAUAUGAUAAAGAAGGCCAUACGUGCAGUAAAAGAAAAAAUUCAAGAUUUAGUUUUUUAUCUGACCGUCAUGCAAUUUAAAGGGUCUGUAUCGUCUUAUCGAUCUUUAGGUGUUCUAUUUUCCUUUUUUUAUUCGACUGUAUUGUUAUCUUUCCACAAGUUAUGUUUAUUAGGAUUUAGUGAAAUUAUAAUAAGUAAUGAAAAAUUCAUUGCAGAUU